UGUAUAGAUGUGAUAAAUGCUAUUUGUUAAAAAAGACAGAAAAUCUCUGCGUUUCUAGUAAAUAUGCUGAGCGAAUUGUAAGGUCAAAAUUACAGUUCUCUCUUUACGACGUGCUGUCUUUCUUUAAGAACGAAAAAAGACAAUGUCUGGCAAAGCAGAGGCACAUAAAAGAAUGUUGUCCCAUGUAGAGAAAGAGAUCUUGCUGCAGGCCCUUUGUCUUCACGUUCAUCCAGGAAACAUCUGAACAUCCCUACCAUGACCAUGCCUGGCAGGAUGCAGUUAAAUAACAUAAGUGACAGUAGCCAAGGAAGAGGUUACCAGCAGGUCAGAUGCCACCAACAUAAACUGAGAUGCUCAAAGGUUUGCUCCUACUUUCCAUGGAAGGGGAGGGCAGUGGGAGGUGGUCCAUCAGCUGAACCACUGUUAAUCACUGAGAUAGACAAGUUGCUUGUUCUCUGCUUGUGAGAUCUGACAUGGUAGCAUCCCAAUGUUGGGUACUGAACCUUUGUGCAGAACUGCAGUGUGUUUCUAGAAUCUCCACUGGAAAUGUCCAUUUGUAUCAGUACUCUUGUGUCACAUGCAUACUGCUGAGCUGUAUAUAGUACGUAUCAGCAAAUGUAGUUUUCUUUGCUGAGUUGGAACAUCAGAGAUUUAAACAGCAAGAGCACCUGGAUAAGUUUUGAACAGGGAACUCAUCAUGUCAGAGCCUAUAACACUGAAUGUUGGUGGAAAACUGUAUACAACCUCUUUGUCAACUCUGACAUGCUGUUCGGACUCCAUGCUGGGUACAAUGUUCAGUGGAAAAAUGCCCAUCAAGAAGGACAACCACGGCAACUGCUUUAUAGAUAGAGAUGGCAAGAUUUUUCGUUAUAUCCUAAAUUUCUUAAGAACUUCACAUUUGGACCUUCCUGAGGAUUUUCAGGAAAUGAGUCUUCUCAAAAGAGAGGCGGAUUUUUAUCAGAUUCAGCCUUUAAUAGAGGUUUUAAAAGAAAAAGAAAAUGAGCUGUAUGGAGCUGAGAAGAAUGCUUUACUCAAUAUUAGUCUGGAUCAGAAAGUGCAGGUUGUACACUUUACAGUACGGGAAGCACCACAGAUCUACAGUCUCUCUUCCUCCAAGAUGGAUGUCUUUAAUGCCAAUAUAUUUUGUACAUCUAGUUCAUUUUUAACUCACUUGGGAUCUAAGCUUUGCUACUAUUCCAGUGGUACUUUUUCUUCACUCACCAGCUGUGCAGAAGAUCCUCAUCACUUCAAGUUGCAGUGGGUUGCUACGGUGACUGGUCUUCCUGAGGAAGAAUACACACGUCAGAAUUUGAAAAGACUAUGGGUUUUGCCAGCAAAUAAACAAAUUAAUAGCUUUAAGGUUUUUGUAGAAGAGGUACUAAAAAUGGCCCUGAGUGAAGGAUUUUGCAUAGAUUCAACCCACCCUGACUUUUUGGAUUUUAUGACUGGCAAAACAAUUCGCUUGGUGCGAUAUCGAUAGGCACUUCUUAUCUCUGGUUACCUUUUGGUGGAAAUGUUUAGUUUAGAUAUUCUUAACAUUGUGAUUGAGUCAUUAAUUUUUCACAUUCAGUUCUGAAUUUAACAAUAUUUGAAGAACUUCAAAGCACUGACCUACAUUCCAUUAAACACUAAACGUUUUCAGUGCCUAAGCCAAACAAGUCGAAAGAAUGAAUACAUAGUUUCCAGUUUUAUAAUGCUUGUGUGUAAGGUACUGAUUAUAUUUUUUGAUGUCUGAAUCUUUACCUUGCUAGUUGACACAAUUGUUAAUGAUGUCAGAAUAUAUUACUUGCUUAUAAUCACCACAAAAGAUGCUGUCAGAGGAAGUAUACAGUAGUAAACUGUGAAUAGGAACCUUUCAACAAUGGUAUUUUUUUUCCUUUGUACUCCUUAGUUUAUUGGUUUUGGUAUGGACUAAAUCACCCUCUAAAUACACUAUUGUAUAGUUUGCAAUCAUUUUGUGAGGAUUAAUAUGCAAGGUAAAAGUGAUAGCCUCCCUGCUUGUGUAAGGAGCUAUUGCAUAGCAGAUAAUACAUCAAGCUGCUGCAGACAUA